CGAACAAGAAUCAUUCAUGAUUACCAUCACAUAAAACUGAGAGGCAAGCAAGUUUCAUGGAGAACAUUGUAAAUGAUGGACGUAGCUUGAUGGGGAUGCCCACUUGCAUCUCACGUGCCAACUGUCUACCGACGGCGAUUUUCAGAAAAUUGGCGAUUUAAGGAAAGAACCGAAAGAAAGGCGGAAUAAAAAAAAAAAAAAAAGCAAAUGGCAGCGAUCUGGAGGGUGGAGUUUUGAAGGCUGAAGCAGAGUUAUUCUGCAAGCAUUUAUAGUUUCUUCUUUCUUCUUUCUCUUUCCCUCCCAUCUGAAGCUCGAGGUCUCAUUUCUGCCUUAGCAUUCAGGUUGCCAUUGGCGUUUCUCGAUCAUCCUGAAAGAAACCCAGGAGAGGCUCCAAGGUCGCUGGAGGAAAGAAGGAUACAUAAUGGAUAGGUUAGCGCUGGGUUUGGCGUUUGAUUCCAAAUCUGGGCAGUUAAUCAUGGUUGCUUUGCUGCUGCUGAUUGUUUCCUUUUAUGCGGGCUAUUUUUUCGGCCAAAAUGGCUCCGUUCAUGUUCCUCAGCAUCCCUCCAGUUCUUCAUCUAUUCCUCCUUCCCCUCUCGGCACUUCCAGGUUUAGCAACAAAGUUGCUCUGACUUACCGCAAAACACCCCUACUGAUUUCAAACACCGGGAUGGAUGUAUGCCCAUUGACGUUUAAUGAGUAUAUUCCUUGCCACGAUGCAUCGUAUGUGGCAACGUUGCUCCCAAAACUUGAUCUCUCAAGAAGAGAAGAACUGGAUAGGCACUGUCCUCCGCUUGAAAAGCGCUUAUUUUGCUUGAUUCCACCACCAAAGGAUUAUAAAAUGCCUAUUAGAUGGCCUAUCAGCAGGGAUUAUGUUUGGCGAAGUAAUAUAAAUCAUGCACAUCUUGCAGAAGUCAAGGGAGGGCAAAAUUGGGUGCACGAGAAGGAUCAGCUCUGGUGGUUUCCAGGUGGUGGUACCCAUUUCAAACAUGGGGCCCCUGAGUACAUCCAAAGAUUAGGAAACAUGACAACAAACGAGACUGGUGACCUGCGUUCUGCAGGGGUAGUUCAAGUUCUUGAUGUUGGUUGUGGCGUGGCCAGUUUUGGAGCUUAUCUUCUUCCCUUGGAUAUACAAACAAUGUCCUUUGCACCCAAGGAUGGUCAUGAGAAUCAGAUUCAAUUCGCCUUAGAGCGAGGUAUUGGUGCAAUGAUUGCUGCCUUGGCCACAAAGCAACUACCGUAUCCUUCUAGCUCGUUUGAAAUAGUUCACUGUUCACGGUGUCGUGUAGACUGGCAUGAGAAUGAUGGGAUUUUGCUGAAAGAGGUGAAUCGUCUUCUUCGUUCGAAUGGAUUUUUUGUCUAUUCGGCUCCACCUGCUUAUCGAAAAGAUAAAGAUUUUCCUGCUGUUUGGGAUAAAUUAGUGAAUCUGACAACAGCUAUGUGUUGGAGACUCAUUUCUCGGAAAGUUCAGACAGCGAUAUGGAUUAAAAAAGAUAGUCAGUCGUGCCUCCUCCACAAUGCAAGACAAAGUCUUAUAAAUGUCUGUGAUGUGAUUGAUAAUUCUAAGCCUUCAUGGAAUAUCCCUCUAAGAAAUUGUGUAGAUGUUCAGAAUUCUGAUACAGACUCUUACAAGCUUCCUCCAAGACCUGAGCGUCUUUCAGUGUUUUCUGAGAGUCUCAGCAAGUUAGGUAUAAACCGAGAUGAAUUUACAUCAGACACCCAGUUCUGGCAAGAUCAGAUUCAUCAUUAUUGGAGAAUGAUGAAUAUCAGGGAGACAGAUAUACGCAACGUGAUGGAUAUGAAUGCCUUUUGUGGUGGAUUUGCUGCAGCGUUAAAUAACUUUCCUGUUUGGGUAAUGAAUGUAGUUCCCGCAAGCAUGAAGAACACCUUGUCUGGAAUUUAUGACCGAGGACUGAUUGGAACUUUCCAUGAUUGGUGUGAAGCAUUCUCAAGUUAUCCUCGGUCAUAUGAUUUGUUGCACGCCAACUAUCUCUUCUCGCAUUACAAAUACCAGGGGGAAGGUUGCUUGCUUGUGGAUAUCAUGCUAGAAAUGGAUCGUCUUAUACGGCCACUGGGAUUUGUCAUCAUUAGGGAUGAGGAGCAUAUUUUGUCCCGCAUCAAAGAUAUUGCCCCUCACUUUAUGUGGGAUGUGGAGUCACAAAUUCUGGAAAACAAAGAAAAGAAGAUGGAAACCGUGUUAUUUUGUAGAAAAAGGUUCUGGGCAAUCGUCUAAUCUCUAAUGUGAGGGAAAUCAACAAGUGCGCGACUUCCCAGUUUAAGUGCAAUGCACUGGCAGAUGAGGAAUAAGAUUACUUGAUUCCCUUUUUUCUAUCA